GUGGACUGCGGGGAAGCGACGCUCAGACACCACUGGAUCGCAUUAAAAACCGACUCACAUCCUUCCACAGAUUAACCCCGAGUUCACACCGUAAGCGCACGCCACCUUCUCCCUCCCCACCCACCCCUCCUCCUCUCCUGGAUGCUUGAGUUGCCUCGUUUUGUGGCCUGACUAAGGAGUCCAACCUCCUUCAACUGCAUUGCCUCUGCGUCUACUGGCUUUUGGCUCCUCAUUCUGCUUCUGUCACUGGCAACCACGGUGUUCUGAAAGUGCUUCUUUUGGAAGGAAAAGUGGAUUUGCCCACACUUAGUUUUCUUCAUUCUUUUUUCUUUUCUUUUGUUCCCCCCACUCGUCGUCCACUUGGUAUGUGUUUGUCUCAACAUCGCUGCUCCGUUCCUCGACUAUGUUGAGGUGUGGGAUUCUUCUCCCAAGCUCAGGAGAGGAUGCUACUUUAGGAUGCAGGUGGAAGAUGAAGUUAAGUAGUUUCAGUAGCCUUUGGUGCAUGCUCUAAUAUGAGAUAGACGACCUGCAUCUGCAACGUUGGCUGAAAUCCUCAGAUCAGAGUGGAUCGGACUCCUUCAUUUCAUGGGGGUAAACAGUCAGAACUCAAGAUGUGGUGCCUCUGUGACUUUUUAAAUUGCACCUAAAAGGAAGAGGGGUCUUUUACUUUUUUUUUUCUUUUUUUCUUCUUUAACUUCGCUGUUUCUACAUGACGCGACGCUUUAUUACUUUAGCUAUCUAAACGAGUUGGGAUUUUGCAUUUAAGUGGAUAUUGGGAAAACAAAGAAAGUACAUCCCCCCCUCUUUCUAAUAAAAAGUAAAAUAGAACAAUAAAAAUGAAAAAGUUUCGGAAGGUUUUGGACGGUUUGACGACCUCCUCUCCUGGAGGGACUAUAGGAUCUCCAUCGUGCGGCAGCGCAGCCGGGACUCCCACCGCGGCGCCAACUCCCAAGGAAAUCGACGUCCAGGAGACGCUAGUAUCAGAAAACUUUCAGCUGUGUAAGACGGUUCGUCAUGGCUUUGCUUACCAGCCCACUGCUUUGGCCUUUGACCCUGUGCAGAAGAUCCUGGCCAUUGGCUCAAGAUCAGGCGGUGUACGAAUACUGGGACGACCGGGAGUGGACUGCUACUGUCAGCAUGAGAGUGGAGCAGCGGUCCUUCAGCUUCAGUUUCUUAUCAAUGAGGGGGCGCUAGUCACAGCUUGUGCAGAUGACACGCUACACUUGUGGAACCUGCGGCAGAGGCGGCCAGCUGUCCUUCAUUCACUCAAAUUCAACAGAGAGAGGAUCACAUUUUGCCACCUGCCCUUCCAGAGUAAAUGGCUCUAUGUGGGAACAGAGCGUGGAAACACACACAUUGUCAACAUCGAGUCCUUCAUUUUGUCUGGAUAUGUCAUCAUGUGGAACAAGGCCAUAGAACUAUCAACUAAAACUCACCCAGGACCUGUAGUUCAUCUGAGUGAUAGCCCGAAGGAUGAAGGCAAGUUGCUCAUAGGGUUUGAGAGCGGGACCAUCGUACAGUGGGACCUUCGUGCAAAGAAGGCUGACUUCAGGAUCUAUUACGAUGAGGCCAUCCAUUCAGUCAGCUGGCAUCAUGAAGGGAAGCAGUUCAUGUGCAGUCACUCAGAUGGCAGCCUGACGCUAUGGAACCUCAGAAACACCACCAAGCCAUUCCAGGUCACCUUCCCUCAUGGAAAGAUACAGAAGGAUGGGAGGAAGGAGUCGUGUAAACCCAUACUUAAAGUGGAGUACAAGACCUCAAGAAGCAGUGAGCCCUUUGUUAUCUUCUCUGGAGGUCUUUCAUAUGACAAGGCAGGACGACGGCCAGCAUUAACCAUCAUGCAUGGCAAAGCCAUCACUGUUCUGGAGAUGGACUAUCCUAUAGUAGAGUUCAUGGUGCUCUGCGAGACUCCUUACAUCAAUGAGGUCCAGGAGCCUUACGCAGUUGUGGUGUUGCUGGAGAAGGACUUGAUUGUGGUAGAUCUCACACAAAGCAACUUCCCUGUGUUUGAGAAUCCAUAUCCCAUGGACGUCCAUGAGUCUCCAGUUACCUGCACAGCCUAUUUUGCAGAUUGUCCCCCAGACAUUAUCCCCAUUCUCUACUCUAUAGGAGCUAAACACAAGAAGACAGGCUACAGCCAAAAGGAGUGGCCAGUCAGUGGAGGCACAUGGACAUUAGGUUCCCACACCUACCCAGAGAUCAUCAUCACAGGGCAUGCUGAUGGAUCAGUUAAAUUUUGGGAUGCAUCUGCAAUCACGCUGCAGAUGUUGUACAAGCUGAAGACGUCUAAAGUAUUUGAGAAGCCAAAGCCAGGCGAAGGCAGGGCUGCUGAGUUGGUGGAAGAAGACCCUUUUGCCGUUCAGAUGGUCAGCUGGUGCCCUCAGAGUCGCAUCUUCUGUGUGGUUGGCAUCUCUGCUCACAUCAUCCUGUAUCGCUUCAGCAAAUAUGAUGCCAACACUCAGAUAGUGGCACUAGAGGUACGCUUGCAGUGUGAAUCGGAAGAUGUCAUCACUCCAUCAGAGAAUGAAAACAACCCCUGCUUCUCAGAACCAGGCUCCCACUCACCCCAGCCCCAUCACCAAUACCCAGUUAGCCCCGGCAGCAGGACACCAGAGAGUGGCAAAGACAGCAUCCCCUGCCUCAAGGUGAAAGAACGAGUGGUUCGGGUGCCUCCUGGCUACCAGUCGGACCUGGUCAUCCAGCUGCUGUGGGUGGAUGGAGAACCUCCACAACAGAUCACCAGCCUGGACAUCAACUCUGCCUAUGGCCUCUUGGCCUUUGGGAACUGCAACGGGCUAGCGGUGGUGGACUACUUGCAGAAGACCGUCCUGUUGUGUAUGUCCACACUGGAUCUGUACGGAGCCACUGACCCCUACCAGCGCCUUACCCGUUCCCCCCGCAGGAACAGACAGUCCACCUCAGAGUUUUGCAUGCGUGGCCUGUCUAACUUUUAUUCAGAUUCAAAGAAAAGGAUCCGUACAUCCUAUCAGAGCCUUACUGAACUCACUGACAACCAGCAGUCUGUUGACAUGGAGAGAAGCAAGUCACCCACUUCAGUCUGUGUCUGCUCUGUUGACUCUCCUGUUCCAGUUCAUUACCCAACCUCCCUUCACAAUGACCCACGCGUCCUGCCAGAGCCUGUGGCCAGUCUGAGAGCCAGCCACUGCAGUCCAGUCUUUUACUUACUGGACAAUGUAAAGGGGCCCGGCAGAAAGUUAAGUCUGCCCACAGAUCUUAAGACUGAUCUUGAUCAUGUCAAUGGACAUUGCACUAGCCCCACCUCCCAGCCCUGCUCGGCGGGGAAGCCUCGCAUUCCGAUGGGUCCCGAGGGGCCACGGCUUACCCGCAGGGGUCCUGGCCGACCACCUUUCCGCAAGGCCCAGUCCGCUGCUUGCAUGGAGAUCUCUUUGCCUGUGUCCCACACUGAAGGGCAUGCAUCCAGGAGGGCAAUGCUUCAGCAGUUACAUGGAGUCACUAUGUACUCCCAUGACGAGCACCACACCACCACCUCCUACUGCUGGAGUGAGAGAGAGAGUCGUGAAAACUCCUUCAGCCGCUCACGAAGUUCCAGUGUGUCCAGCAUUGACCGGGACACUAAAGAGGCUGUCACCACGCUGCAGUUUGGAGAGUCCUAUGGACGCAAGAGCGAUGCCUUCCCCACCCCGUGUCUGUGGGUGGGCACUAGCUUAGGCGUGGUCCUUCUCAUCCCCAUGUCCAUACCCAAUGACCAGGAGGAGAGGAUGGAGGAGCCUGUUACCAUUGGCCCUAGUGGAGCGGUCCAGAUGCUGAAGGGCUCUGUGUUACGCUUUGGUUUCUUGGAUUGCAUGGGAGCUCUCAUUCAGAGCCCAUAUGAGGUUUGGCGGGACACGAACGCCCCUGAGGACCCUGAUCGACCACGGAAGCGCAAGCUGGUCCACUUUUCACCAUCAUCUUCCCAGGAAGCCUGCGGAGAGGGACACUUAGCUGUAGUUUGCUCUGAGAGGCAAGCCAAAGUCUUCUUGAUGCCCUCGCAGUCGUGCCUCUUCGUCCACAACAUCACAGAGUCGUCCUUUGUACUGCGAGCCGACGUGGUAUCUGUGUGUAACAGCGUAUGUCUGGCCUGCUUCUGUGCCAACGGACACGUCAUGACACUAAGUUUACCCAGUUUAAGACCGCUGAUGGAUGUCAAUUACCUGCCUCUGACAGACAUGCGCAUUGCAAGAACCUUUUGUUUCACCAAUGGGGGGCAGGCGCUGUAUCUCAGCUCCCCCACAGAGAUCCAGAGAAUUACCUACAGCCAGGAGAUGUGUGACAACCUGCAGGAAAUGCUGGGUGAGCUGUUCACUCCCAUUGAAACACCAGAAGCCCAGAACAGAGGAUUUCUCAAAGGCUUCUUUGGAGGAAACGCUCAUACUUUUGACAGAGAAGAGCUUUUUGGUGAGGCAGCUGCUGGGAAGGCUUCCCGGAGUCUGGCACAGCAUAUCCCAGGUCAGGGAGGGGUGGAAGGCAUGAAGGUGGCAGCAAGCGGAGCAGUUGGUGAACUGGCUCGGGCCCGCAUCGCUCUGGAUGAACGAGGCCAAAGGCUGGGCGAGCUGGAGGAGAGAACCGCUCUAAUGAUGACCAGUGCAGAAACCUUCUCCAAACAUGCUCAUGAGUUGAUGCUGAAGUGCAAGGACAAGAAGUGGUAUCAGUUCUAACAGCAGCGUGGAGGAAGAGGCUGUCCCGGGCCUGCUUGGAACUUUUAUGCCGCAACAGGACUUUCACUUUAAAAAGGAAAGCAAUCGAAAGAGACACUAGAAUGACUUUGUCUUCUUUACGGCUUCUGGGACUGGCUAUGUGUGCGACGCUGCUGCCUUGCUGAGUGAUGGGCUAGUUCCCCGUUUUAUCGGACUGAGUCAGAGACAGGAAGAGGGAGGCGGCAUUUGAAAGGCUGAAGAUGGAACUAGAAAUAUCCGAGAAGUGUGUGUGUGAGUGUGUGUGUUUGAGCGAGAACCUGUGUGGUUGGGUUUUCUGGACCUUCCUGUGUAGAUACUCAAAAGUUAAGAAACCAACAAGAAAUGCAUGAAACAACAAUGGAUGAGUAUUAAAAAUAUACAACUGCCAUAUGAAAAAGCAGCAUGCUACUUUAACAGGAGAUUCAAAAUUUAAAAAAAGAAAAAAAAAGUUUUAUUUAUGAUGUAAGCCAACAACAGAAACUAUAAAAAUCUUUAUAUUUUUUGAGAUACUGGCAAAAACCUAUAUAUAAAAAGGGAAAUGUAUACCUGCAUUGCUAUUAAGCCAAAACUUGUGUUACUUUCCCUUUUUUUAAUUUCUUUUUUUUCUUUUUUUUUUUUUUUUGGGAGUUCAUUUAAUUUUGUCUUAGUCUCAGCAAAAUAUUACUUGUCACAAUAUAAAUGCACAUAAUUAACUAUCUACACACAUUUAGAAGAAUACUAAAAUGUUGUUCUUACUUCAGUUACUCUGGGCUGCACAGUGCAAGUAUAAACCAGUAGUAUUAACACUUAACUCUGCAUUGUCUAGUCACUCUGCUUUAUUUUCACGUUUAAGCUGCUGCUACUUACAAAAACAUUAAGUGAUGAUGAGGGACAUCUCACUCCCCAAGAAAAAGUUGUAUGGGAACAGGGAUUAAUGUGAGGCAGAUUCAAACAAUGUGUGUUUCUGUCUUCUUGUACAAACCUAUAUCCAAUUCACGUGCCAUAAAAAUCGAGAUGGAUAAAUUCAUUCACUGCAAACUAGCAAAAAGAGCUAAUAAGUGGUAUCACAGGUGUCCUGUUGAUCACGCCGGAUGAAUAUUAAUGGUUGGAGUUAGCCAUAGAUGGCAUUCAUCAAAGGUCAGUUUUUCUUUCACAAAAGGGAAUAAAAAAUAAGAAAAGAUGGGUGUUUUUCUGUAUGUCUUUAGCUGCCUUCAUUAGAUGUACAAGUUUAGUGAGCCGUCAGGUCGUGUGUCUGUGUGUGAGCAUUAGAAAGGGUGCAACAGAUGUCAAAUUAGAUUCUUUCUCUGCCAAAGCAAAAAUAAUUGAUACCUUCCCAUCUCUUUCCACCUCAGUCUUGUAGUUUUCAGCAUUAAAACCCAAGCAGUUCUUUCAUAAUAACAGCACUCAUUAGGAAUCACACCAGUUUCAUCUCUACCGGCUCUCUUGUCGGUUGUUUCUUGGUAAAUGGUUCAGGAAAAGUAACAGUAUUUUUAUUUUUUUUAUUUUUUUGUGAUGUUCAGAUGUUGAGUUAGUGCAGAAACUAUGUACAUGUGUAAAACAUUUGCAGCAAUUUCAAACUGAAAGCAAAAAAAAUUUUUCCUUUUCAGUAUUGUUCUUUCUGACUAUGAUAUCCUUGUGUCGCAGUCCUAUAUUUGAUGGUUAUGGCCUCUUAACUGAAGGCAUAUGUAUUUUAAAAACAACUGAUGUUUCAUGAUACAUGGUUGUGUAUCAAAUUGUGAUAGUGUUGUACGUCAGUGGGUAGCCACACAACACCGACAAAUAACAUCAAGUGAGGAGGAUAUUUUGUACUUGCGUACUUGUCUGUAUUUUGAACUGAUCUGAAAAAAAAAAUCAGAGGAUAACUGAUUUCCAUCUCUCACACAUUAGACCUUUAUGCACAUGAGUGAGCAUCAACACAAACAGUGGAAAGUAACGCGCCUUGAUCAUGUAGAUGUCACUCUUGCGUACGAUAUGCACCACAACACACACACCACAAACACUCAAAGUCUAAAAAAAAAUAAGGUAAAUAAGUGAGUCAGUCAUUUCUGCCUGUUCUCUGCAGGCUGCUGAGACAUUCCUUAGACUUAAAUGGCCUUCAGACAUACAUACUUCAACCUUGUUCACCUGGAAUCCCAAAGUAGAGCUACAUGGAUUUCAAGAAUUACACAUGAAAUCAUGCAAUGCCGUGUCUUAAACAUGUAAUAAUAAUAAUAAUAAUAAUAAUGAUAAUAAUAAUAAUAAUAAUAAUAAUAAUGCAUUUCUCUCCUAUCUCUGUACCGUCGAUGAGAUUUGUGUUCAGUGCAGUUCUUUCAGUGGCAGAGUAAACUCAGACAAAAAAAGAAAACAAAACCAAAAGAAAAUGAAAAAAAAAAAUCUGACUUCUUCUGACAGGGUGUUUUGUUAGUAUGUUUUCAGCUUGUAUGUUUUUGGUUUUUAUAUUAACUGUACAGUUCAACUUUGGGUGAAAGGUGAAACAAAUAAUAAUAAUUAUUGAAAAAAAAAGAGAGAGAUUCUUGGGAUAUUUUCUGUAUAUGUUGUACCUGUUACUGCUGGUACUGUACUAUCUGGUAUUAUGGCUCUGUCUAAAUCACUGGAACUAUGUAGUUCUUCACACCGUAGUAUGCUGAAAAGGCAUUUAUUUGGUUUUAUCGAUGAUGGCAGCAAAGUUUGUCUUAUUUCAUUGAAUUCUACCACUUUUUGUUCUUGAUAUAGUGUAAUAGAAAUUACUUGACAAGGUCUGAAAAUAUGUUGAUGCAAAAGCAAACUGAAAUAAACAUUGAUUGAUGUA